UCAACAACACUUUAAACACAUGUGGAGGAAGAACAGGCAUGUGCGGCAUUAGCCUCAAAUUUUAACUUAUACUGGGAUAUUUAAAGGAUUAAAAAGAAGAUAAAUGCACGUAGAUUAAGGAAUAUUUAUCAAAAUGAAGUUUUCUUAUCGGUUUUCCAAUUUACUAGGAGCUGUUUAUCGUCAGGGAAAUUUGAACUUUUCCAAAGAUGGAAACGCAGUGAUCAGUCCUGUUGGAAACAGAGUCUCUGUGUUCGACCUGAAAAACAACACAUCUGAGACGCUGCCUGUCUCCACCACAAAGAAUAUAACAUGCGUGGGUCUCUCUCCUGAUGGGAACCUGGCCAUCGUGGUGGAUGAAGAUGGAGCGGCGCUGUUGAUUAGCCUCGUCACCCGAGCCGUCCUUCACCAUUUUCACUUUCACAAGCCAGUGAACAGCAUCCGCUUCUCACCUGACGGCAGGAAGUUCGUUGUUACGAAGGAGAAUGUGGCGCUGAUGUACCACGCUCCCGGGAAGCAGAGGGAGUUUAACGCCUUCGUUUUGGACAAGAGCUACUACGGCCCGUACGAUGAGACCACCUGCAUCGACUGGACGGACGACUCCAAGUGUUUUGUGGUGGGAAGCAAAGACAUGUCAACGUGGGUGUUUGGUGCCGAGCGCUGGUCCAACCUGAUCUACUACUCCCUGGGAGGACACAAGGACGUCAUCAUGGGCUGCUUCUUUGAGAAGGACAGUCUAGAUCUGUACACAGUCAGCCAGGACGGGACGCUGUGUGUCUGGGAGAGCGACACCGAGCUGGACGGCCUCGUCCUGAGGAGCCGGGACACACCCAAGCCCCAGAGAAAGGGGGAGGAAGAGGAGGAGGACGACGACGAGGGGGAGAAAGCGGAGGGAGAGGAGGGGGAAGUGAUCAGAGGGAAAGUUGAAACUCCAAAAGAGAAGAAGAAGAUGAAGAACACCAAGAAUGUUCGAUACAAGCAGAGGAGCAAACACUUUUUCAACAAAGAAGGAGAUUUUAACAACUUGACUGCAGCCGCGUACCACAAGCCCACUCACAUCCUGGUCACGGGCUUCGCCUCUGGGGUUUUCCACCUGCACGAGCUUCCAGAGUUUAACCUCAUUCACUCGUUGAGUAUUUCAGACCAGAGGAUUUCCUCGGUGGCUAUAAACAGCUCUGGAGACUGGAUCGGCUUCGGCUGCUCACGGAUGGGUCAGCUGCUGGUGUGGGAGUGGCAGAGCGAGUCGUACGUCUUCAAGCAGCAGGGACACUUCAACAACAUGGCGUCGCUGGCUUACUCACCAGACGGACAGUACGUCGUGACGGGAGGGGACGACGGCAAAGUUAAAGUGUGGAACACCAACAGCGGCCUGUGCUUCGUCACCUUCACUGAACACACCAGCAGCAUCACGAACGUCACCUUCACGUCCAGCGGCUUUGUCAUCGUCAGCGCUUCUCUAGACGGGACGGUCCGAGCCUUCGACCUGCACAGGUACCGAAACUUCAGGACCUUCACGUCUCCUCGGCCCGCGCAGUUCUCCUCCCUCGCUGUAGAUGUCAGCGGAGAGUUAGUGACCGCAGGAGCACAGGAUUCCUUUGAGAUCUUCCUCUGGUCCAUGCAGACAGGCCGACUCCUAGAGGUCCUUUCAGGUCACGAGGGUCCAGUCAGCUGCUUGUGUUUCAGUCCGGUUCAGUCCAUCCUGGCCAGCGUCUCCUGGGACCGCACCGUCCGGCUGUGGGACAUGUUGGACAGCUGGCAGGUUAAGGAAACACUUCGCCUCACGUCUGAUGGCUUGUCGGUGACGUACCGCCCUGACGGCCAGGAAUUAGCCGUGGCCACUCUGAACGGUGAGAUCUCUUUCUGGGACCCCCACACCGCCACACAAACCCGCUCCGUGGCCGGACGCCACGACCUGGAGACGGGCCGCAAAGAGACCGAUAAAAUCACAGCCAAGCAGUCGGCCAAGGGCAAGGCGUUUACGUCGCUGUGCUACUCUGCGGACGGGGAGUCUAUUCUGGCAGGAGGCCACUCCAAGUUUGUCUGCAUCUACAACGUCAAGGAGCAGAUUCUCAUGAAGAAGUUUGAGAUCUCCUGCAACCUGUCCUUCGAUGCCAUGGAGGAGUUUUUGGAUAGGAGGAAGAUGACCGAGUUUGGCAGCCUGGCUCUGGUGGAUGAGGGGGCCGGGGACGGAGACGGGGUCAACAUCAGCCUCCCUGGAGUCAGGAAAGGUGACAUGAGCUCUCGACACUUCAAGCCAGAGAUCAGAGUCACCUCGCUGAGGUUCUCCCCUACAGGUCGCAGCUGGGCCGCCACCACCACCGAGGGGCUGCUGGUCUACUCCCUGGAUGGGUCUCUGGUCUUUGACCCCUACGACCUGGACCUGGACGUGACGCCGGCCAGCAUACGCAAGCAGCUCCGCCUCCAGGAGUGGCUGUCCGCCAUCAUCCUGGCGUUCAGACUCAACGAAAAAGCCCUCAAGCAGGAAGUGCUGGAAACGGUGCCGCACGAGCAGAUCCCGGUGAUUUGUGGCUCUCUUCCUGACAUUUACGUGGAGAAGCUGCUGGGCUUUGUUGCUGCGUCUUUGGAGAAGUCGAGUCACCUGCAGUUCUACAUGACCUGGGCUCAGAGUCUGCUCAUGCUGCACGGACAGAAACUGAAGAACAGGUCGGGAACCAUCCUUCCGACGCUGCAGGCGCUGCAGAAGAGCAUCCAGAGACACUUUGACAGUCUGUCCAAACUCUGUGACUUCAACAUGUACAACAUUCGCUACGCCGAGGCCCUCUCCAAGCAGAGGGGUAUGAAGAGGGCAGCUGAGGAGGAGGAAGAGGAGGAAGAGGAGGAAGAGCUGUCUGAGAACAUGAGCGUGGCGUCUUUAGAGGAUGCAGAGAUGAUACUGUAGCCUGGCAACUGUAAAAGCAAAUAUAUUUCUGUGUAUUUUAUGAUUGUAAGCUGUUUUUUAAAUAAAUUCCUUUGUAAAUCGUCA